AUGGGUCGUGCACACGGAGGAAGGUGGAGAUGUGCACACCCGAUCAAUCAAUAUUUAUAAGGAGCCAUACGUCGGUGUUCGAAGGUUGAAACUAAACCAACAUUUCCGCACUAGGAAUUAAGUCAAAAGAGUGACAGCAACUUCCUCUGGAAGGGUCCUUUAAGGUUUUCAAGAAAUAUGUACUGUACCUUUUUAAGGUUUUCAAGAAAUAAUGGCAAUGCCUCUCACCGUUUCCACUUUCAUCACUGUCUCUCUCUCUCUCUCACUUUCACACACCCAUUCACUCACGCAAUCACUCCUGCUGAAAUUGUUCUUGUUGUUGUUGUGUCUUUUUCACAUGGAUGGCAAAUUUAGCUGGCUCAUCAGCCGUGCUCCCACUCAAAACAGUCGCCUGCAACAGUGGCGCUACAUAGUCCUGUGCCACGUCCAGUAGGCAAACGUUGUGGAACGUUGCAGAUACAAAUGUCAUGAAUAGAGCUGACACGAUAGAGCUAAUCCCCAAUUCUAGGUGACAGACAACCAUAUCUGUUCUACACAAUAUAUUUAUAUCUGAACGUUCCUGUAACGUUUCCACAUCAUGAACAGGCCCCUGCUGUCUUGGGCUGUUCUAAUAUAACUCUUCUUCUCCAAUCACAGAACUACGUGUCUGCCCGUCGUCUCUUUCUCUGCCUGCCCACUGUCUGGACAAUGUAAGCCUUACUCACGCUCUCUCUCUCUCUUUCUCUCUCUCUCUCGCUCUCUCUCUGAGAUGAUCAAAGGCUUUCUGAGGGCAUACAAAAAACCUGUUUGGCUGUCUGCUCUGUCAGUUUGGAAAUGUCUUGUUUUAGCAAGUAAUAUUAGCCUUAUUUUGGGUAUAUACAGAGAAUGUGUGUGUACAUUUUCAUGAGGAUAUAGAGGUAAUGUAAAGAGAAGAAAACAAGCUCACAAUCGAUACCAACCCCUAUUUAUGCUCCUGCAAUGUAUCACACUUUAUUUGGAUAGUCCUCUAUAGAUGGUUCAUACAAUUUUCUGGUCUGUACCCCUUGAUGGUGUUAGGGGUAGGGUGAGAUUGGAUAAAUGUGGCCUGUAAACCAUCUGUAGGGUACUAUCUAAAUAAAAUGUUACAAAUGUAGUAUUUUUUGCAGGCAUCACAGCACAGCAUGCCACGCUCGCCUGGGGAAAAAUUGCCUGGGGAAUAAUAUUUUGCUGCAUUAACCUCCUAGGGCUUAGUGGUCACAUACGUGGACAGCACUUUUUAGCUCUUAUGUCCACAAUUGUGUAGAAGUUCUGUCAUAUUUCAUGGCUUAUUCUGAUUUAGAUAUUUAUAAAAGCCUUGUAUAUUUGUCAUGACAUGCAAAUUUGAAAAAAAAAGUGUAAAACUAGCAACUUUGUAGGUCGCUAAACAUGAAGUACACGUAAGUGUACUUAUGGACUGAGGCUCCUCGAAACAGCUAAUAUGCUUGUAAACAUGCACACACGUAAAAUGGGAAAAAAGCUAGCUCUGAUGCAGCUAAAAAGCUGUACAUGGUCCCAAUGAAAUAAAUAACAAUGAAAUCACUAAAUACAUACAUACAUACUUAAAUUAGUUGUGUUGAAAAUGUUAGCCUAAUGCAAUUCGGACCAUGAAUCCACAUAUGUGGACAUCAUUUUUCUCUAAAAGUACAUCAUAUCAAAAGAUGAUACUUAGUUUUUAUUCUAAUUAGGUUCCAAUAAGCCCAAAUAGCAAGAGAAAUAAAAAAUGCAUGUAAAAAAACAGCUUGGGCCUUAAGAGGUUAAAUAGAAUGUACCAAUGCCACGUGUCUUCAUCAUCCCCAGGGAAAUAAAACAAUAUUUUCUGCCUUUCUUUCACGGAUUUUGUCCCAGGCGAGUGUGGCAUGCUGUGCUGUGCUGUGCUGUGACUCGCACACAAAAAAAGACUGCAUCUGUACCCUGGCCUGCAAUCCUGUUCAGUGCCUGACUGUGAGUGUGUUUCAGGGGAAAAGAUCUCCCCCUGCCUGUCACUACCCUCUGGUGAUCCCUCUCCACCGCCACCUGCUGCUGUUCCACAGGGUAGGAGAUGGCAACAUUUAAAUGGGGACUAGAAACAAUGCCUUCAUCCUAAAUUACACCCUAUUCCCUAUUUAGUGCACUACUUUUGACCAGGACCCAUAUAUAGGAAAUAGGGUGCCAUUUGGGAAACACAGUGGUUCAAAUCUUUAGAGCGAUAUAUACUUGAUGAAAAAAUUACUCUUAUUUUCUCUUGUUUCCUCUUCAUGUUCUCUAUCCCUCCCUUACUGACUGUACCUUUCUCUCUCUGCGCUCUCUUGCACUCUCUCCCCAUCUUUCCCACAAUGUCUUCUCUCUACAUCUCUCCCCCUUUAUGCUCCCUCCCUCCCUCCCUCCCUCCCUCCCUCCCUCCCUCCCUCUCCUUUCCCUCUCUCGCCUCCUCUCUCUCCCUCUCACCCUCUCUCUCAGGUGCGCUGGCCACAGGAGAGGACUGAGUCCUACCUGUUGGUGUGUGCGGAGGGGGGAGAGCCCCAAGCCUGGGACAGACACUGCUGUGCUGAGAUCUCCUGA